GAGCGCGCACCACAAAUCUACACUGCCUCUGCGCACAUAUGAGCGCAAUAUAUCUGACUUUUUUAAAUGUAUUUUUUAUAGGGAACAGGUUGCUGAACACACAAACCCUAGGCAUAGCGUGUUAUCGGCAUUCAUUAUCUAGUUGCUGCGGUUCUUCUUUUUGAGGUAGGCUACAGGCUACAGAAGAAGCGAGAUGCGCCACGCAUCAGGCUUUUGUCGAAAGAAAUCCAUGGCAGAGAUUCUAGAAUCAUGAUUAUAUAAGGAAAGGGAGAGUCGGAUGCACGCACGGCCGAUUCCACCGUCACCAGAAGAUACAGGCUGUAACGUGCGAGCGAGGUGUCACAGGCUGGCACCAGUGUUGCCUAGCGCCAGACCACUUUGCGCCACAAGUAGAAAACAGGGGAUGCACGAAAACAGUGAAGACAACCGGGCACGAUGCAGGACUGAAUCUAUAUAUUUCCUCUAGAAUAACCAGACAGACGUUGUGUCGACUUGGCUAUCAUUUGAGUGUAAAGCGCGUCGAAUAAGUAGUCUAAUUUAUUAUCGAGAAGAUGAGUGUAAACCAGACUGGGUAUGAUGGCAUCUCUAGAGUAGAUGGUGUUACGGUAACUGGCGGCCUCAACAUCAGUGGUACCCCGAAGCUGCAACAGUGUGCUCAGCCUCCCGGUAACCGACCCAGGGAUGCCCGAUACCAGCAACACGGCGGUCGGCAGCACCAGCACGCCAGCUCCGCUGUCAAACCGCCUAAUUCUGAACGGUCCGAACCCGCGGACGUUGUGAAGCGCGCCAUUGACUUCAAGACGCAAGGCACACAGUGUUACAAGGACAAGAAGUACCGGGAGGCGAUUGGCAAGUACCACCGUGCUUUAUUAGAGAUGAAGGGGUUGUGCCGGGUGCUGGGAGACCCUGAAGCCAGCUCUAAGUCUCCUUCCUCGGUGCUGCCUACUAUGACCAAAUCAGACAGCCUGACGGACGAGCAGAAAGGUGCCAUGGAGAACGCCGAGCUGGAGUGUUACAACAGUCUGGCAGCGUGCCUGUUGCAGAUGGAGCUGGUCAACUAUGAGCGUGUGAAGGAGUAUUGUCUGAAGGUGCUGCGUAAGGAAGGGGACCACUUCAAGGCUUUGUACCGCUCUGGAGUGGCCUACUAUCACCUAGGAGACUUCCACAAGGCCCUUCACUACCUCAAGGAGUCCCACAAACAGCAGCCAGCAGACACCAACGUUCUCCGUUACAUCCAGCUGACUGAGAUGAAGAUCCGUCGUUCUGCCCAGAAGGAGAAGAAAGAGACCGCAUAAAACAACCAACACUCACUGUCUUAAUUGAUAACUGAGGCUUUGCCCCGAAAUCGCACCCUAUUCCAUAUGCAGUACACUAGGUCCCUAUGUGCCCUGGUCAAAAGGAGUGCACUGCAUAGGGAAUAGGGUGCCAUUUAGGAUGCCACCCACCUAACUUUUCACUCAACUGUCAAUUUGUACUUUUCUUCAUGCUCCACUCAGACCACGAUACAGGGUCUCUGUGUUUUUAAAGGAUUUCUAUAUAGAUAUGCUUUACCUUUUGCACAGCCACUUUAUCCUUCUUCGUCUUCGCCAAUUAUGUGAUUCAUACCAACGUGUACUUUAGUACUUAUGAGUAUAUGUCAACUAUUUUAUACAGAUAUGCAGUACCAGUCAAAAGUUUGGACACACCUACUCAUUAAAAAGUUUUUCUUUAUGUUUUCUAUUUUCUCCAUUUGUAGAAUAAUGGUGAAGACCUCAAAACUACGAAAUAACACAUAUGGAAUCAUGUAGUAACCAAAAAAAGUGUUAAACAAAUCAAAAUAUAUUUUAGAUUCUUUAAAGAAGCCACCCUUUUGCCUUGAUGACAGAUUUGCACACUCUUGGCAUUCUCUCAACCAGCUGUUCACCUGGAAUGCUGUUCCAACAGUCUUGAAGUAGUUCUGACAUAUGCUGAGCACUUGUUGGCUGCUUUUCCUUCACUCUGCUGUCCAACUCAUCCCAAAUCAUCUUAUUUGGGUUGAGGUCUGGUGAUUGCGGAGGCCAGGUCAUCUAAUGCAGCACUCCAUCAUUCUCCUUCUUGGUAAAAUAGCCUUUACACAGACCGAAGGUGUGUUUGAGUCAUUGUCCUGUUGAAAAACAAAUGAUAGUCCCACUAAGCGCAAAACAGAUGAGAUGGUUAAGUGUGCCUUGAAUUCUAAAUAAAUCACAGACAGUGUCACCAGCAAAGCACCCCCACAACAUCACACCUCCUCUUCCAUGCUUCACGGUGGGAACUACACAUACGGAGAUCAUUCGUUCACCUACUCUGCAUCUCACAAAGACACUGGGAAGAGACCCCCCCCCCCCAAAAAAAGGACUCAUCAGCCGAAAGGACAGAUUUCCACCGGUCUAAUGUCCAUUGCUCAUGUUUCUUGGCCCAAGCAAGAGUGUGCAAAGCGGUCAUCAAGGCAAAGGGUGGCUACUUUUGAAGAAUCUCAAAAAAUAAAAUGUAUUUAGAUUUUGUUUAACACUUUCUUUGGUUACUACAUGACUCCAUAUGUGUUAUUUCAUAGUUUUUGAUGUCUUCACUAUUAUUCUACAUUGUAGAAAAUAAUACUUUUUUAAAAGAAAAACCCUUGAAUGAGUAGUUGUGUCCAAACUUUUGACAGGUACUGUACAUACAACUGAAAUCGUGCAGCGGUCAGCCUUUUUUGGCGACCAUCUUUAAAGUUUAUGUGCAGACGUUACAAUGUUGCUGAACGUUAUAUAUAGUUGGCAAUGCACUACACUGCCAGGUCCAACGUGUAGAUUAGGGCAACAACACAUCUGAUGGAGUCAAAGUAACAGAUUUCACAGGAUGAAACAUGCGGCCUGUGACGUCUGUCUUCCCUCCCUCCUACUGACAACAUGUGUUUGUGUUCACCACGGAGUCACUGUUUGACAAACCUCCCACUUUUAGCCCAGGAUUCAAUCCGAUUGCGCUUUGUCCGCUUAUGCACGUGCGUUCACGGAGAUCACAUUCACCAUAAACGUGGCAUAUGUCAGCUUAAUCGGAAAAUUAUCUUUAAAAUGACGCAUUGUCCAAAUCGGUGAUCGGAUUGAAUCCCGGCCUUAGACAUUGAGCCAAAACAACACUUGUGUUUUGUCUUUAUAGAUUAUUGAGAUUUGGCAAGAUGUGUUAAUAACUAUAAUAUAUAUAUAUAUAUAAUAGAUCUAUAAAUACUCUAUUUAGGUUGUAAGGGCACAAACACUGAAUAAAAAUAUGAACACAACAUGUAAAGUGUUGGUAUGUUUCAUAAGCUGAAAUAAAAGAUCCCCAAAAUUUUACAUGUGCACAAAAAGCUUAUUUCUCUCAAUUUUAGUGCACAAAUUUGUUUACAGCCCUGUUUAGUGAGCAUUUUUCCUGUGCCAAGAUAGUCCAUCCAUCAAAAGGCCACUCUAAAAUGUGCAGUUUUGUCACACAACACAAUGCCACGUAUGUCUCAAGUUUUGAGGGAGCGUGCGAUUGUCAUGCUGACUGCAGGAAUGUCCACCAGAGCUGUUGCCAGAGAAUUGAAUGUUAAUUUCUCUACCAUAUGCCGCCUCCAACGUCGUUUUAGAGAAUUUGGCAGUGCGUCCAACCAGCCUUACAACCACAGAUAACAUUUAUGGCGUCGUUUUGCUGAACGUUGUGAACAGAGUGCCCAAUAGUGGUGGUGGGUUUAUGGUAUGGGGCAGGCAUAAGCUAUGGACAACGAACACAAUUGCAUUUUAUCGAUUUUUUUAAAGGUAUCUGUGACCAACAGAUGCAUAUCUGUAUUCCCAGUCAUGUGAAAUCCAUAGAUUUAGGGACCUAAUGAAUUUAUUUAAAUUGACUGAUUUCCUCAUAUGAACUGUAACUCAGUAAAAUGUUUUAAAAUGUUGCAUGUUGCGUUUAUAUUUUUUGUUCAGUGUAUUUGCUAAUUACAAGCUCAUUGUCAUGACACUUUAUCAGAAAAUAUAUUUAAAAAAAGAGUAGAUUACUUUAUAAAAGAAAAUGCUAUAAGUAUGUUUUAAUGAUAUAAUAGCAAAGCUAAUUGUAUUUUGUUUGUAAAUGUAAGCAGGGGCAUUCCAUACACAAGAGUAUCUUUGAGAAACCCAGAAUUUACUGUUACGUUAUGUGUCUAAUAAAGGAGUUAUAAUUAUA